AUGGUCGUAAUCUGCUCCCUCAUCUGGGACCUCGCCUUGGUAAUCAGCGGCCCUAAGGUCCCCAAGUUCCGAGUCGACUCACUCUCCGUCUCCAACUUCUCUUACUCCGACUCCAGCUCCACCGCCACCGGCAAAUGGAACGCCCGGUUCUCCAUCUAUAACCCCAACAAAAAGUAUUCCAUCUCCUACAACGUCGUUCGGUCUACGCUCUUGUACAAUACCAACUCCGACAUCGUUUUCGAUACCGAGCUCAUAUCCGAGAUCCGAAUCCCUGACUUCAACCAGUCCGCGCGUAACGAAACGUUUAUCGACGUUGCGUUCGCAGUCAGAGACGCUUACAGAUCAAGUUCAUUCCGUGACAUUGACGUCAACAGCAAAAUCUCUUUCAAUGUGAGGUUUACUGCUAACUUUAAAUUCGAGGCUGGUAUAGAUGGACGUGUUAAAGUUUUGGGGAGUGACACUCUUAAGGUUCACUGCGAAAAUUUGGUUGUUUCUCUCGCUUUGUCAAACACCAUUGCUUUCAUGUCAGGGAAGCUGAUGGAACCCAAGAACUGCAAGGUUUUUUAG